CCGGGGGCUGAAGGUUACACCCAGUGUCGUUGAACUAUUCCUCGAAGUGAAGUUCUAGACAGGAACACAAAUCAAAUUACUCAAGUCUCAAACCCAAUAGGUUCAGAUUUCCCGCAAACAAGCUUGUCUGAUUACGCACGCAAGAUGCGCCGCGAACAUUCGGAAUGGCUACCUGACACGGUGGGAGGAGACAGAGAAGAGGGAAAAAAGAAAACUCCUAAACCUAUCAAACUAAGUUUGUUUACUAUGAAUAGAACCAUAUCCAUAUGACCAUAUGGUCCAAUAUUCUGUAGGGACAAGUUCGACCCACAUCCAUCUGUAUUUCAACUUACACAUCACUUGCGUGUCGGUGUUGCUCACUCUGACUGACUUCACUGCACGCAAACCCAUCACAUGUAACUUCUCUUCCCUUCUUCUCUCUACAUAUAGUGCAAAAAAUGUUCAAUCUCACAUCACCUCUCAAGUCUCAACCACUCUUGUUCCCAUUGACCUCCAAAUCCACCAUCAUCAUGACGUCGUCCAAUCCUUCUCCGCCUCCGAUCACCGUUUUCGCCUCCACCACUCCGGAUUACGACCGUGCCAAAGCCGUCAAACAUUUCGACGAAACCAAGCACGGAGUCAAGGGCCUCGUCGACUCCGGCAUCCAAAAACUCCCACCGUUCUUCGUUCACCCGCCCGAAACCCUAUCGGACCUCAAACCCCGACCCGGUUCCGAAUCAGAGGUCCCCACGGUGGACUUCUCCGCCGUGGAAACCUCCCGCGCCGCCAUAGUGGACCAAAUCCGGCGCGCCGCGAGCACAAUCGGGUUCUUCCAGGUGAUCAAUCACGGCAUCCCGCCGGAGCUUCUCGAGCGAACCGUCGCCGCCAUGAAAAAGUUCCACGAGCAACCAGCGGAGGAGAGGGCGCGGGUGUACCGUAGGGAAAUGGGGACGGGUGUAUCGUACAUAUCGAACGUGGACCUGUAUAACUCGAAGGCUGCCAGCUGGCGUGACACACUGCAGAUUAGGAUGGGGCCAAUCGCAGCGGAUCCAGAGGAGAUUCCUGAGGUGUGUAGGGAAGAGGUGAGGGCGUGGGAUAAGGAGGCGGUUAGAGUUGGGGAGUUAGUUAUUGGUUUGUUGAGUGAGGGGUUGGGAUUGGGUGCGGAGAAGUUACCGGAGAUGGGUUUGGUUCAAGGGAGAGUGAUGGUUGGUCAUUAUUACCCUCCUUGUCCUGAGCCUGAUCUGACGGUGGGACUCACUUCUCAUGCAGACCCAGGGGCUCUUACUGUGGUCUUGCAGGACCACGUUGGUGGGUUGCAGGUUAGAAGCAAAGAUGGCUGGGUUGAUGUGAAGCCUGUUCCGGGAGCUUUGGUUUUCAAUAUUGGAGAUUUGCUUCAGAUAAUUUCUAACGAGGAAUAUAAGAGUGCUGAUCAUCGGGUAUUAGCAAAUUGCUCAAAAGAUCCUCGAGUGUCAAUUGCUAUUUUCUUCAAUCCGGGUGAGAGGGAGAAAACCUUUGGACCUUUGCCGGAGCUAACAUCAGCAGAGAAACCACCUCUUUAUAGAAACUUCACGUUCAGUGAAUUUAUGACAAGGUUCUUCAAGAAAGAGUUGGACGGUAAAUCAUUGACAAAUUUCUUCAGGCAGUGAUGUAGAUAGCACUUGUAUAUAUAGAUUAUAAGAAUACUAUUGUCUUCAUAUUUCACCAGUGUAUUAAUAGUCACGUGUUUCUUAUUCACUACUUUUUAUAAAUUGUGUGAAUGAAGACAAGAAACUUCACAA